GUUAUACUCCUUCCGCCAAUGCCGUCUAGCUUCAUGGGAGCGCAAGGAACUAGCUUUGGGUGCGGGAGUGUUGCGGACAUCACUGCCCUCGGGAAUCGGGAUGAAAGCUGCGGACUCCGUCCUCCACCGGUGUCUCUCGCCGCUGCUCUUUCUUGCGGUCAUCGUGCUCUCGUUCAACCUGAUCUACCGCGCCGCCACGCCAGCCAUUCUCGUUCCCCCGACCUCUCUCCGCGUCGAUAUCAUUGGCGCCCCUCCCUUCGUCCCGAAGAAGCAGUUGGCCCCUUCCGACCCGCAUCCGAGUUCAAAUCCCCGGCCGGAGCUUCGAAAUGAACCAGCGAGCUCUGUUCCCCCCGCCGUUCCUCCAGAUCCGUCACCUUUGCUGCAGACUGCUUCAGAAAGCCAGGAGAUGAGGCUAGAGAGGGUUCUGAGGGAGGCGGCCACCGCAGACAACACGGUGAUAAUAACCUCCCUGAACGCGUUCUGGUCCACUCCCGGGUCCGUGCUGGACGUGUUUCUGGAGAGCUUCCGCACCGGGAAAGGGACCAGAGAACUGCUGAACCACCUGGUCAUCGUCGCCGUGGACGGCAAGGCGUACGAGAGGUGCGUCGCAGUGCACCGACACUGCUUCGACUUCACGGUUGAGGGAGUGGACUUCUCCGGCGAGAAGGUGUUCAACUCGCCCGAGUACUUGGACAUGAUGUGGGCGCGGCUUGAUUUUCUGCGCCUGGUGCUUGAAAAAGGCUUCAGCUUCGUCUUCUCGGAUGUAGAUGUAAUGUGGUUCAGAAAUCCAUUCCCCUAUUUCUAUCCAGAUGGAGAUUUCCAGAUCUCCUGUGACAAUUUCUUGGGUGAUCCUACCAAUCUAAAGAAUUGGCCAAACAAUGGAUUCAAUUAUGCGAGACCCAACAACCGAAGCAUAGAAUUUUUCAAAUAUUGGUACUCCUCGCGUACCAGAUUUCCUGGAGUUCAUGAGCAGAAUGUGCUUAACAUUAUCAAGUUCGACCAACAUACUCAAGACAUAGGAGUGAAAAUAAGAUUCCUCAGCACCGAGCGCUUUGGAGGGUUCUGUGAGCCAAGUAGAAACUUUAACAAGGUGUGCACAAUGCAUGCAAACUGCUGUAUCGGGUUGCACAGAAAGAUCAAUGAUCUAAGAGCAAUGCUUGAUGACUGGAGAAAGUUUAGAUCUCUGCCACCUGAUGUAAGGAUAUCUAGCAAUUUCUCAUGGAGUGUACCUCAAAGUUGCAGAAUACCACCAGGUUUUUUCAGCAAGAAGGAAAAGAAACCUUAACUCACAUUAUGUUUGACAGCAUUCAUUCUCCUGUUAACUCAAAAAGAGAAAAAGAAACCGAAAUCAAUUAUCAUCCAACUCUUUUCCUAGAUGAAUACCGCAACAAUCAAGCUUUGGAAUCAGGAUAUUUAUCAGGUAAGGGAAAGCAAAAUGCUAGGGUUCUAUGGUGCUCAUUUUGACUGGCUGAUGCCAAAUACUGUUGUGUAUCCUUUGCCCCAUGUUAAAUCUUGUGUCAUAUUUUAGCUGCUUGUUUGCAGACAAGAUACAUUGUUGUCGGGAUCAUGUAAUUUUCCAUUACUAAUGAAAUGAGAAGCUUUGUCAUGCAGCUCUUGUACCA